GUGAACGGUAAAUAUGAGCAGUAUGUGGCAUUUCAGAGGCAGUGUAGUAAAGUGCAGCAGCUGAGUUACCAAGGAGAACCGUCUGGAUACUCACCUUUUUAAAACUUUUUUUUAACAGCUCUACAGAAAGGUAACUUUUUCACUCUUUUAUACUGUGCUUCAGUCCGCUCCUGUAGCUGGAUUUUAACUUCUAGAAAAAAACACUUUAAGAUGUUUUCAACCCAUCUGCCAGAAAAUGCGUUUUCUGCUGAUUUACCUACCAGUCCAGGUGCAUUACAUAUAUUGCUGCGUUACAAUGAAAUGGCAGUUAUUAUCAGUAACAAUAGAUAUUUGGGAGUUCAGGAGCAACAGGUUCAUGUAAAUUACAUGUAACCCGGUCUUAGGAAGAAAAGCAUACAUUACACUGUUGUAUUUAAAUGAGAUAAUUUUUUUUAUUGUUUAAGCCUCUGCUGUAAAUUCAUCCUCUUUUUGUCUUCUUAUUAUUGAGGACUUUAAAUGUGUUCAACACAGACACAUUUUACCUGCAAAGUUUAGACAUAUUGCACAAUAUCAUAUAAUAUCAUACCGUGUAUCGUAAUUUACUCGCACGGUAAACCGAAUGAUCGGACUGACGGGUGCAACUUUAAAACUAAAGUCAGCGUUUUACUUCAACAAAGUUUGUGCUAAGGGUCUGAAAUCUAAAACUAGCUGUACAUUUUAUUCACCAUUAACCAAUGUUGAACUCAUCGACCUAACAAGAAGCCAACCUUAGUGAAAGAAAAUGUCAUAUUGAGCUUUGUAAGUGUAAAACUACCUUUAAAUAGCAAAUAACAUCCAUGCUAACAGGCCAAGGGUCCUUUGUGUUUUAUAGACAACAGAUUAUUAAUAAAAAAGUACAACUUUUUGGAACACAAUCAGAGUACUUUCUAUUGAACCUUACUAAAGAGGAGCCUAUAACACCCUUAAGAGGAAAAAACAUGAAAAAUUACUCAUGCUAAUAGUUUAAAAACAUUUAACUUCAAUAUACUUACAUUACAGAUAGUUUAGAAACAGCAAUAAAUGUAAGAUAAAUGUGUUUUUUUCUCACCUGUCAACAGAUUUAGCUGAUUUUACAAUAUAUUUCAUGUUAAAUACCUUGCAAUGAGGACAAAACUUUACAAUGUUGUAUAUAUUUUGCCAAAAAACUAAAGAAAUCGGGCCUAAAUACACUAAAUUAAUCAGUUUAUUACUGCUAACAUCAGCUGUAGUUGGGUUUUGUGUGUACUGACAAUAGUUAUGAAAAGUUAUGUAACAGAUUCCUGGAAAACAAGGACCCCUGUUAAAAACCUCUUUGGUUAAUUUGAUAAAUUUAACUUUAUUGAGUGUUUUCUCUUCAAAAAGGUUCAGCGAGUCGCACAGCAGUAAAAACUUCAUUAUCUUCGGUUCAGUAGGAAGUUUCAGGGUCCAAAAGUUACCUCAGAGCCACUUUAGAGACACGUAAUCCUUCAGGAAAUUGGCAGAAUUAGAGAUAUUAAAUUACAGUUGACAUAUUGGUUAUUUUUCCACCAAAGCCUUUAUGAAAAGGCUUGUGAUGGUCUAUGAAGAAAAACUAUAAUAGAAGUCUGUCAACAGCAGACUUGUUGGUCUGCACACUUCAACACCAACCCUCUGAUCCCACCCAAACCCCUGAGGGAAAUUUGAGGGCAGCCUUUGUGGUCUUUUGAUCCCCUCUCAUGCUCAGGCCUGUUCUGGAGUCUGUAAUCCAGCUGGGAGGAGAUCUUACCGACUGACAAGAUUAAUAGUUUCUUUUUCUUCGCUUUGUGUUUAUCUUUCAAUUAAUUAUGUAAUCUUUAAAGUUCAGUAUGACAGAUUUAAAUGUUAAAUUUGUCUCCUUUAAAACCUCACUGACGCCUCUUUGUCAUAAAUUUGAAGAGGAGUGAGUCUGUAAUUACAGACAGAUACACAUGUGAGUCAGCGGGUUGAGCAUCAUAUGAGUGCCGUGAGGUAACAGCAGUGUUUACGACACACUCCCUCUCCUUCUUCUUCUUCAGUGUUUGUUUUUGUGUGUCCUGCAGCCGCGGCGGCCCAGCAGACAACAAAAGCUUAAAGGCACGGCGCCCUGAAACAUUCCUCCGGGAAUUAGCGUGUCCUGGUUUUUAUGUCGACCUAUUUUGCAUUGUUUUAUUUCUCUCGACAGUUGUGGCCUGUAGCAGAAGUCUGAAUCAAAAGUUGAAAAUCACAUGUUUUCUGAGGCUGGUGGAAUUAAAAUUAGCUCCCUGUCCCUGUACGCUCAACAUUUUCUCCAAGUGGCAACAGCUGGUGGUGAAAAAUUGUAGUUCCUGGAGUGUCCACAUGAGGCAGCCUGCAAAAGCAAAGGAAUUCCCACUUGGCACAUUAAUAAAUCAAAAUUUUCAUAAAUCAAAAAUGAGCGUUAGAAAUAAAAGAAGCAAGUUGCAAUGUGAAAAAAGACUGAAAUAGGACUUACAUUUUGAGAGAGAAAGAAUAACCUAUGGUUUGAUCCUCAUCCACAUCCUUCCUCUUUCUUCAUCUUUCUAUCUCCUCUCAGAUUUAAGAAAACAUGCCAAACUGGGGCGGAGGCAACAAGUGCACGGCAUGCCGGGGGACGGUGUACCACGCUGAGGAGGUGCAGUGUGACGGGAAGUCUUUCCACAAAUGUUGUUUUCUCUGCAGUAAGUACAGCUGAAACACACACACACACACCUACCUACCUGCAGGAGGUCUGGAGUGGAGCUCUGCCAUGUUUGAGUCCACAAAGUGGGGAUUAACUUUAAUUGUACAAGUGUAUUCACGCUUUAACACCAAUUCACUUUAAGUACAACAAGGUUUGCAGGAUCAUCGCCCUCAUUGGAACCUCAGACAGACACUUUGGCAGUGCAAAUCGCUUUUUAGUUUUAUUGUGAAAGGGACAAAACCAAAAAGUCCAGAUUGGUCCUUUUUUUAUAAAAGUGACUCUAAUCUGAAAGUUAAAGAAGGAAACAAGCAGAUUGAAACAUAAAGAAGCAACAAUCUAACCCUAAAGUUGGUGAUAGUGUCUCCUACUAGUUACAAUUUGCAUCUAGCUAGAGCUCAUUAAAUUAUGUGUCAGUUUGCAAAACUUGGUGUCUUUAUAGAGGGAUGGUAUGAAGUCAUGGGCAGUUUUACAGGAGCUUUGUGACAUCUGAAAAAUAAUACAUAAUAUCAGUGUUUUAUUAGUGAUGCACAGUAGGGCUGAGCGAUACGGCCCCAAAUCAAUAUCACGAUACAUUGAUCAGUUCACCUUGAUAACGAUAAAUGGACGAUAACUACUCCACAAGCGUCUUACCCCCUCCCUCAUUAACUUUGUCUACUUCAGCCGCUACAACUUUUGAACCGUCCUCCAUCUCCUCACCUGUCUUUCCCUCUUUGUUACAGACUGGAUGGGGUGGAGUCACAUCUCUGAUGUAGGACAGCGUCUUAAAGGGACAUGAGACCAUAGCCUACCUACACACAUCCAAAAACAACUUUUAUUUAUUUGACACCGAAUAAACCGAUAUAUGGGCAAAAUGACGUUGGUUACUAUCGUAAAUUUCGGUAUUGGUAAAUUUUCGGUUUAUCGCCCAGCCCUAAUGCAUAGCCAAGAAGUUGCAUCAUGAAAUACUGCUCCUGGAUCUGCCUUUUCUUCUGCUGCUUUUAGUUUAAAUCUGUUAGUCACCAAACUCAAUUUAACAUUAAAUAUCCCAGUUUAUGCAGGUAACAUAUUUCCAAGUUAAGAAUUCAUCCAAAAAUCUAAGUGUGCAACAUUUCCACUGCUCCAUUACUGUCCUUUUGCACGUCUUGUGUUGCAUCAGAGUUGUAGGAAUGAUGGAGGAGGAGGUUGGCUUUGGACCACGACUUCUCACCGUGUUUUUGCACCAACUUGACUAAACUCUGCUGAAGGGAAGGGAGGCGCCCGCUUGAUAAGUCCGGUGAUGCCCCGGCUCUCCCUGCCCAUCUAUCUUCAUAGUUUAGGUUGUGUAAAAUGUAUAAGGUCAUGUGGUUUAUGAUUAUGUAACUAAUAAGUAGAUCAGAAAUAAUGGGAUGAGGAUGUAUAUCUCAUAUCUUAAAUUCUCUCCACUUCUCCUCUAUAAAUAUUGCAUCCAAUCUCAAAUUGUCCCCAGCCUUAAAAAAAAUUGAACCAUAAAAUAAGAAGAUAAUGUGAGCUUGUUAAAUUCAGAGGGUCACGAGGUUUUAACGCAUAAAAACAAACAUUAGUUUGAUUUUGGAGGCGGCGCAGAGAUUUAAAAAAGCUUUGUUCUGCCGUCUCUUCAGAGAUUUGAUUAAAUAAACUCAUCAAAAGCAAACAUGGCAUCGGACAGUUUGUAUUUUUAAUGUUUCUAAUCUAAUAAGAGUCUGUUUUUUUCGUUUUGUCCUCUGAGUCAGGAGAAAGACGGGUGGGCUCGGAUUAAACUUUUCCACCGCUCAUCUCUCUCUGCCGAAGUGGGCGGCGUGUCCUGCUCUUGAACCAUCCUUAAAAUGUCAGAGAAGAAGAUGUUCCCGCGAAUUACACAAACGCUCUCAUUUAGCUGCUAUCAAGAGAGGACCGCGGCGUUCUGAGAUUAUUUUUUUCCGUCAGUUUCUGAUUCAAAAGCAGCUUUGUCUGAAACUCCCACGGAGGAGACGAUGAGCAGCGAGGGCUCCGUGUCCUUGACUCUCAGCUGGCCUUUCCUCCACUUUCACAGUUUGACAUUUAACGUGUUUUAUUUAUGAAAAGCAGCCACUGUGCGAACACGGACGUAAAUAUCCCGCGCAGAUCCAAAAGGAGCUGAAAAAGACUCUUUGUGCUCGGACUCAGGCUUUGUUGGAUUGAUUUGUUUCCGGUUAAAUGUGUGAAAAGUAAAGAUCCAGGUGAAGUGGAGGUGAAUCUUUAUAUCUGUAACUUAACAGCUGAACCAAAUAAGAUAAAAAAAGACUCUGUCAGGCUUUUACUUUGAAAGUGUGGGCGGUGAGACUCAGAGGGGCAUGAAUGGAGACAUUUUUCCUCCCAGUUGUGUGAAAUCUAAAACCCGAAUGAUCACACAGUGUUGGCCAGUGUGUGAAGAAUUCAGCUAAUCCCUGCAGCCUUAAUCCACUCUGAUGCCUUUACACUUUCAGACAUCGCUUUGUUUAGUUGGAGUUUAAUUUUAUAAAGACAGUUUAAAGAUGGUUCAGGAGGAAGAAAUGCAAAAGUGACUUUUGGAGAAACAAAAGAGGUAAAAACUCAAAUAUUUAAGGUCGCUUUCACACCAGAGCUGUUUGGUCCGCUUUAAACGGACAAGAGUUUGUUUCCUCGGAUAGUCCGCUUCAUUUGGGCAGGUGUGAAAGCUCAUCCGAACUCUGGUGUGGACCAAACAAGCGAACUCUAGUCAGUCUGAAAACAUGGGUCUCGGUUUGCUUGUAAGUGAACCCUGGUUCGGUUCGUAUGCAGUGUGAAAGCUCACCGGACCAAACAUAGGACCAAAUGUACGUAAUGACGCUAUACGCAGUGCAUCUUGGGUAGAGGAAGCACGGCGCGCACUCCAAACUAAAACAAGCAUGGCGAGGAGACAGACGUGGACAGACGAAGAUGGUCAGAUGACAGCAUAAACCUACUCCUGACAUCCCCAGAACAGCCAGCUUCACAUGAUGCUCCAUCUUUACCGUUGUUUUUCCAGAGCGGGAUAGAGGGAUUUCCCCUCCUCUGUCCAAUCGACGAGCGCCCCUUCCAACCACGUGAUGCUGCUCGGAAAGUUCGGUGCGCUUUAGAAAUCACAGUGUGAAAGCAGAACCGAGACAAGUGAUAAAUGCAACAAUGUCGCGACUUUCAGCUUCCCAAUCGAACCGAGUCCGCUUGGUCAGGUGUGAAAGCGACCUUAGUAAUCGAGUAUUUUACCAAAUAUUCUGUCGAUUCAUCAAGUAACUGGACCCAAACGGCAGACUCAGACACAGUGAGAUUUCCUACGUCACAAAUCCAAGCUCCGCCCCCUGAGCCCCGCUAUGAAGGCCAGACUCUAACAAAUAGAGAGGAUGAUCGCAGAACAAACGUGUGCGUUAGCGGAUUGUAAUGCUCGUAAGAAAGCUAAUUAUGAUAUUAACUUUCAUCAUGACCCUAAAGACAUUAGUGUCUCACAGCUGAAUGGCUCCUAUGUUACCUGUGACUUCUACUACACCGGCAAUGUUAGGCUGCAAGCUAACGAGAAGAUGAGUGUGCAGAGCUGCGCUGUCUCCGCCCACGACGCAGAGGCGAAUUACUAAUGAGCUACUGGAGCUCUGCAGAAGAAAAGCCCCUCUCAUUAUUCCUUUUUUUCCGCAAAACCAAAACCAACACAGCGCUUACUCCUCCUUCUACCGUUGUGACGUAAGCGUGGUGUCUCAACAUCGAAAAUAAUCCGUGCAAAACAGUGACGAUUUAUAAACGAGAACUCGAGGCAGAGAAAAUACCUUGAUCAUCUUUCGAGGAACAGUUUCAGCCCUGGUAAAAGCUGCCAUGUACGAACAUCUGAAGUAGAAAGAUUUGAGACAUUAAAGACCAAAACAUUUGAAAAAGUUUUCUUUUGAAUCUGAAUCUGAACCAAGAUGUUGAAGUUUCUGUCAAACCCACAGCUGACAGCCAGCUCACGAAUCCUUUUCACACCUGUGUGAUAAUCAAACAGCCUCCAUACCUGCAGAUUUAGUUUAACUCUAACAUAAUGACUUAAGUUUGGCCUGUUUCGCCGUAGGAUGAAGUUUAUGUGCUCAGAAACAAAGACGUCUAUAGCAUCUCUCUCUUCGUGUCCUCAGUGGUCUGCAGGAAGGGUUUAGACAGCACCACGCUGGCUAUUCACGACCAGGAGAUCUACUGCAAGUCCUGCUACGGGAAGAAGUAUGGUCCAAAAGGUUACGGCUACGGUCAGGGGGCGGGGACGCUCAACAUGGACCGAGGAGAGCGGCUGGGAAUCAAACACCAAGAGUAAGCAACAGUUUUAUCUGCAGAUAUAAAAAUGUUUUUGUCGUUUUUGAGAAGUCGCAUGCCGCCAGUAAGUAUCUAACUCCAUUAAAAUUAACUCAGUUAUGAGAACGAGACAAACGAGUCACUGAGAAGCUGAGCUAAAAGAUCAAGUGGUCGCUGUAAAGCUGAAGAGGUCAGAAGGUUCAGACCCUGACUGUGCCAUUGUCCUCAAACAGCAGGAGCUCGCUGUGUCCAAGUGAAAUAACUCCAAAAAACACAAUUUUAACAAUUAGAUCCUCAAUAUCGAUUCAUGAAAGUUUGUUUUCCCAGAACUGUCCGCUGUUGAAUUUUAAUACGAGUCAAAUGAAGACGGGAAUAUUGGUAAACAGUCGACUAACCGCUUUAUCAAACACAGAUGGACUGGUUUUGUGAGCAGGUCCAGGAAGAUCGAUGGAUUUAGGACACGUCUCUUUUCAUCCAGCUGUAAGUCUCAUAUUUACCCCCUGAUAAUGCAGACCUGACCCCGGACUGAGAGCCUCUAUAGAAACCCGUACAUGCACAGGAUGUACAGGCAGCGUAAACAAACAGGCGGACACAGACCCACGCACCCUAGAUGUUUACUCCCGCUCCAGACGUCAGGUGAUGGCUGUUAUGAAAGAGUCGAUUAUGUAACCAGCGGGAGACCGUUUUCCCUCCUCUGUGUCCUCGGCCACAAAGGGCCUCAUUCAGGGGCCACUGGGGCUGGCAGUCACCCUCCGAUAAGCACAGCUCCAGGGGGCCUCAGGGUGCCCCGGUUCACUGUCCCACUACAGGUCAGAGGGGGUCCUGUCGGGUUUAUUUUUGAUCCACUUCGCUGUGAUCAUUUAUGAAGUUGUCACAAUAGAUUUUCUGUGAUCAACUAAAGCCUAACCGAGGUUUUUAUGACCGCAGAGGUCGGUGUUUUGGGUGGUUCUUGGUUCACUGAGUUAGAAAGGAGAACCUAAAGGAGGAAGUGUCAUUUAUAAUUAGAGGUAAAACAACUUUUCAGGAUUCAGUUUGUUAUAAUUCUUUUUUCCUUCAGGACACAAUCUCACAAACCAACCACCAACCCAAACCCGUCAAAAUACGCCCAGAAGUUCGGAGGUUCAGAGAAGUGCGCUCGAUGUGGAGACUCGGUCUACGCAGCUGAGAAGGUCAUGGGAGCGGGAAAGGUGAGGAUCUGAUCUUCAGAGGUUUUUCGUCUUCUGUGUUGUUAGUUCUGCCUCUAACAGGAAGCCUGAAGAUAUUACCGAUAUUAAACGCUGGUAAAGAAACGAGAAACUUCCAAACUAGUCUGACCCUCCAAGUUUUCAUCUUGAUGCCAGAAUUUCAGUUUCAUUUUUUUCUAAUAAGUCCCAACAUCUGCUGCGUGGAUCACCUCUAAACUCAGUUCUGAUGUUUGCGUCCCCCUCAGGCUGAGUUAUGAUCACUCGCUGAACCUGGACCUUAAAUCCAGCCCAACAGUGAGGUCCAAGUUUAGACCAAGUACGACUGAAAGGAGAGAUAAUCACCAAAGAUUUACUCUCAGCUGAACGCUUAUUAUCAAAUCAUGAGCAUAAUCGGCCGUCCUGUCUUUAUACGCACAGAAGCACUUCCUGUCAGCCUCCCACUGUUUCUCUUUUCGGCAUGUGUCAAGUUUCCAACAGUUAAAGCUCCUGUGAGUAAUUUUUUUGGCAUUAACAAGAUAGACUGAAAUUCAUACUGGUGCCUUUUAAAGAUGCUCAAAAGCAAACAAGACCAUUAGUGAUGAAAAUUUGAAGAUAUUUAAUUGAUGACCUGAGCAGCUGAUCGAAGCACCUUGUUUCUACUGGUUCCUUGAGUUUAUAAGAGGGUUAGGAAACUUUCUCUGAACUCUGAUGACAUUAACCACUUCAUCGCAGCUUCCUAAGACAUGGAACAUCAAAUCUAGCGCACAGAACAGGGUCCAAAUACACCUUUCUGACUGUUUACACAGAGCAACAAAAAUCAGGUUGUUUGUCAUUUAUAGGCUACCGUGGUGACGACUCCUGGCUAUGGAUUCAUAUCUGUAAAGAGGUCCUAUCGCUCUUUAACUACACACUUAAGUAUCCAGGAAACAGUCUGCGUCUCUUCUUCUUAUUGAAUCUGGGAGGGAGGAACGGAUAUCAACCAUGCAGAGUACAUUGUAGGGCUGGGCGAUAAACCGAAAAUUUACCGAUACCGAAUUUUACGACAAUAACUGACGUCAUUUUGCCCAUAUUGGUUUAUUCAGUGUCAAAUCAAUCAAUAAAUCAAAGUGUGUAGGUAGGCCAUGGUCUCAUGUCCCUUUAAGACGCUGUCCUACGUCAGAGACGUGACUCCACCCCAUCCAGUCCGUAACAAAGAGGGAAAGACAGGUGAGGAGAUGGAGGACGGUUCAAAAGUUGUUGUGGCUGAAGUAGAAGAAGUUAAUGUGGGAGGGGGUGAGCAGCUUGUGGAGUAGUUAUUGUCCAUUUAUCAACUGCUCAACAUAUCCUGACAUCAAUAUGAGGCCAUGUCGCCCAGCCCUAGCACAUCAUAAAUGUUUACUUUCUGCAGGUCUUGGAGACAUCUUGAAAACUAUGACUUGGUUUGCAGCGACGUAAAAGAGGACUUUUGACUCUUGAAGUUCAGCGUCAUACUUGUACACAAAGCCCAUCCAGACGAGAGGAUGACAUUUUUCGGGAAUUCCCAUGGGUCACGUGAUGGGAGUCAUUCUACGGGACAGGGACAGGACAGGAUUAAUUGUUUUACUCCGGAGUUUUUCUCUGGGAGUGGGACGGGACAGGAGUGAAAAUCCGCUCCCGUGUCAUGCUCUAAUCCAGACCCCUUUUUUACAGCUCUACAGGAAAUUCUGUAUUUCAUAGAUCGUGAACAGUGAUAAUGCAAAAUAUAGAUAUGAUCUGCAACCAAAAACAUUCUUGUCACACCAUCUGCAUGUUUGCGGCUUCAAAACACACGGCCUCGCUGAUCAAAUGUCUGAGCUGAACUGGACUGUUCAGUUCAGUUUUUUUUUAAUCAGGGUUGUUUGAGGUUCUUGUCAGGAGGAAGCGAAUGAUCCAGAAGAGAUCAGGCCUUUUGUUUAGAGAGCAGCAGGAGGGGCCAGAAAGUAAGUGAAGCUAUUAGCCUCUGCAGACCGCGAAAUUUAGCUAAUUUGAACAAAUGACAGCCAAAGCACGUUUCCUCAGUGAGAAAUCCCUGAAACAUUUUUUGAAUUUGUGCUCCAGUAACUGAUCAUUAUCCUUGCAUUGCUCUGUGGUGAAUCUACAUUGUGUAAAUGUUUAUCUCCAUCUGAAGGGUGUAGUAGACGACGUGUUAGAAAAAAACCACUAUGUGCUAUCUGCGCGGUCAGGCUUUAACUCAAAGCGUCUGCCAAGACUAGAGCCAAGUGGACCAUUUGCCUUUCACUAGUCGUGCCAAGUUGCAAAAUUAUGACUCCUGGCUGGGGUGAGAAUUCACUAGUCGUCACGGCAACGCAGGCAGAAAGUAUACAAAAAAAAAGGGCUGUGUUUGGGGAAUUUGGUCUUUUGCAACAGACUCAAAGAAUGUGCUCCUGCAGAUCUGUCCGAGGAUUUUCUACAGUUUAUGAUAUAGAGUCAGUUUUUCAGGGUUGCAUCAGGUCUGGGCUCAAAUUGCAAGAUCUAUGUUUCAGUCAGUUUCAGAGGAGGGAGAUUAAAUUCAGCUCUUUUGUCUGAUCGCACUACCUGCAAAUUUGUUCCAAGGUUAAAGGUUUAAGCCUGUGUUCAGCUCUGCAGAAAAAAAAAUCAUUAAAAACCACAAAGGCAUGAGCUGCUUCAGGAAAUUUAAACCGGUAACCAGAGCCGUGUAGGUCCCUUACGAGUCCACACAAACCACAGGAGUGAAGCAUGUUUCAGGGAAUUGAACACACAUGGUUUUAACAGUCCUGGACCACAUGCAGGAGGUUUUGGUGUGGUCUCUCCUAAUGAGAGAACCCAAAUCCUGAUUUUCUGAUUGAACCCGGUCCAUACAGUUUGGGUGCUGGCUUCCUAACAGCUGGCUCCGAUCGUGCGAGGCUGUCUGGACACGGCGGUCUCUGGCGCAUGUUGUUGACUCGCAGAUUUACAUUCGAUGAAGUCAUGAGGAUCUGACUCUGCAGGAUGUUUGUUUCUGAGGGACAAACUCAGUGAUACUCAAGACUUGUGACUCACAUGAAAGUCUUUCUGCAGAGGAGCCGAGGUUUGUGAUCGCAGGAGAAAACAGGAGGUGGAUUCAUGCAUGAGCUGAUCUACAGCAGGUGGAGUCAUCUGUGUUUCCUUGUGGGAGGAAAUAUAAAGCAUGACGUCAAAUGAUCUGUUUGAUUUAACGAAGGAAAUGAAGAAAUUAUGGUACAUGACAUUAACUUAAAGGAUCAGUUUAGCUAAACUCCGGCCAGACAAUCAGAGGGCUGCCAAGAUUUAGAAAAUGACAAGAGUGAGACUUUAGUGUUAUCAUCUGUUAGGCUACGCAGGAAUAAGGAUUUAUACUUUAAGACUGAUGUCCUCAUUUCUAUGCCAACUGCUCUCCCUGAUGCUCGUCUUAAUUAACCAAAAACUAUAAAUGAAAAUUGUUACAAGAAUUGUGACAAAAUACAUUUAUUGGUCAAUAUUGCAUUAUGUCGAGUGGGUUUUAAAUGUCGGCGCUGUUGUGUGUGAAAGAUAGUUUGAGAUGCCAAGACCCAAAAUAAACUCCACGUUUCAGUUACCAGGUCGGAAAAAAGCAAAAUCAGAGAUGGAAACAAGAUGGCUAUGUCUACGAAAGUUACUUUAGUGCUUGCCUUGUCCAAAUCUAAGGCAAACGCUAAAGUUACUUUUGUAGAAGCAGCCACCUUGUCUCAGCCGUUCGUUUUUUCUUUUUUCUGACUUGGUAACACUGCUGACUUGGUAGCGCUUGCCUUGAAUAUAAGGCAAGUGCUAAAGUAACUUUAGUAGACAAGCCAUCUUGUUUCAGGCCUCUGAUCUUGCUUUUUUCCGACUUGGUAGCCCCUGCCUUGUCUGAAUAUUAGGCAAGCACAUGAGUAACUUUCAUAGGCAUAGUCAUCUUCUUUCAGGCCUCCGAUUUUGCUUUUUUCCGACUUGGUAACGCUUCCAACUUGGUAGUGCUUGCCAUGUCCCAAUAUAAGGCAAACGCUAAAGUAACUUUCGUAGAAGUAGUCAUCUUGUUUCAGGCCUCCGAUUUUGUUUUUUUCCGACUUGGUAACUGAAACGCUGGGAAAUCUGGUGUGACGUCAUUUUCAUCUCCAACAUCUGACACUUGGCAGCUCUGCAAUCAUGAAGCGUAGCGAUGUUUUCUGGAGCCUUUUUAAUGAUGUUCAGCCUUAACGUUGUAUUUGAACGUCACUCCUUCACAAUUGACUCUUUAGUAACACUGUAAGAGCUGAAAGAUAGAAAAUACAAACAAAAAAAAUGCUAAAAUGAAGAAAAACCUCCUGCUGUAUAAUUAAAACAUCAAAUAACAACGAAACGCUAACGAGUGCAGCCGUUAGCAUGCGCGCGACGGCUAAUCAUGAGAAGCUAGCAAGACAGAAACUUAUUUAAGAGGAUUAGUUCUUUAAAAGUAUAUCUAACAUGACAAUAUUUCCGUAAACACGUUUAUAAAAACACAAAUAAAAGUUGUAAAACCGAAUACCUUGUUUUGACUCCAGCCAGGUGCUGAAAUGACCGAGAAACACGAGAAAACAUCGUCAGUACUUCGGUUCUCCGCAUCCGUCAAUUCACCGUCUGUUAGGUAGCCGCUGCAUACCAGACAGGAAGUACUUCAAAAUAAAAGCAUGGAAUUAUAAUCACAAUUUACAGGAACUGAUCCUUUGAAAUAACAGACCUUCAUAGGAGUCUUUUACAAUCAAUGUUGAAGCGCAAACAACAGAUCUGGAUCCUUUUAGCUGCUUAUAAAACUGAUUGAAAUGCCUGUAUUUGAGCUUCAAAAGCAAGCAAGACCAACAGAAACAAGGCUGACUGUGUCUUAGAUGUCAUUUUUAAUGUGGUUUAUUACUGCUAGAAGGUAGGAGCGUGGUGAAUCUAUGAAAUGAAGGGGUCUGAGGGAGUCUGUGUGGGCUAGAGCUUACCUUGUUGAGUUGAACUGCACGCUCUGCCUCCCCUUGGAAUGAUGUAAAUACAGUUUACUGCUAAAAAGGAAGUUUAUAUUGGUAAAAACAGUCGAUUCCUGCAGGUAUUAACUCUGUUAUUAACUCUGAAACUACCAGAAGCAGAAAUUAAACCCUUUGACAGGGACGUUGGUGAACUUUUUUGAUGCCAGUGUAUAAAAAUGCAGGCUGAAUUUGGAGAUCAAGCUACAUUUUCUAAAACCUUUAACAGCUGCUUGACUAAAAUGCUUUCCUCUUUUCUCUCCCAGCCCUGGCACAAGAACUGCUUCCGCUGUUUAAAGUGUGGCAAGAGCCUGGAGUCGACCACUCAGACGGAGAAAGACGGGGAAAUCUACUGCAAAGGUGAGCCUGACCUCUUUAACCGAGCAAUCCAAGAGCCGGACACACAUCAGACCAGUUUGGGGAAAUAGUUGAGCUCGUGUUUCUGCAGAUCUAAGCUUGGUUAAUGUGUCAACCAGCUCACUGUUGGUAAUGAUCACACGACAGACGACAUCUGCUCGUGAAAAUGAUUCACCGACUUUUCCUCAAACUGGUCCUGAGGUGUUUGACAGAGAGCAGCAGUCACAGUGAGGUCAGCACUGGCAGCAGAUAGGACUUUAUCAGCACUCGCAGAGCCAGUUAGUCCGCCUCUUACAUAACAGCCCAUUGAGACCGAACACACUCGCUCUUGUGCUCGCCGCGGUCACGGAUGAGUGUUGGUUUCAUUGGUCCUCUGCGGCCUCGCUGAGCUAACAGAGCUGCUUACUGUGAGCAGAAACAUGUUCAUCAGGACAAUGAGAGGUCACACACACACACACACAGACGUCCACAGAGGGAUGUAAGCGGAGUCUAGAUCCAAACUUACAAAACUCUUCAGCUGAUUUAUUUCUGAUUUCUAAAUGAGAGUUCACGAGUAGAAGACAAAAAAAUCGGUGAAAUUCUGCACCUUGUCGUCUGACUCGAACCUGAACAACUUCACAUGUUGAUGUGAGAUAAACAGCUCUGAGUGUGAGAGCUGGGACACUGCACACACUUGCACACUCAGGUGUUCUCACUUUGUGCUGAUCCGACAGGUUUACUGAGUUCAAAACUGCGAAUACUGAAUAUUUUUGAAAAAGAUCGUUUCAAAGAUUGAUCUGUCUUUUCUCCUUUUUUAAACUGCACCAUGAUAGUCGUUAAAAUUCAUCUUCCUAUAAGACCCAGACUUGUUGAAACCACAGACUGUAUUUACUAUGGACAACUUGGUUCCGCCUCCCGCCUGUAUACGGAUUUGAAGCCAAAAAGCUCUCGGUAUCUCCAUGAUUUUUCUUCAUUUCCUGAAACCAGAGCUGUGCAGUAGCGUUGUACGUAUUCACCGGGAGAGUCGCAGAGAGUCGCUGUGAUGAUGCUCGGCUUAAACAUCGUAUCCCCCUGGUGAGCUACACAGUCAUGAAUAAAGAACUCAAAAUUCAGAAAUAUUCAGAGGCGAAUUUUGACGCGCCUGACCAUACACAUCAAGCCCGAUGCGAUUUUGCGACUUUCCGGGGGAAAAAGACGCAUCCCGGGGAAGAUUUCUCCCGGGGAAAGUCCCGCCUCCUUCGCCUCUGAUUGGGUAGAAAAGCUGGAAACGUCAUCACACGCUCAAGCCAAACAGUCAGCACUUAUAGCCAAUCAGAGGCCAUAAGAUAAGCACAUGAAACUAUGGUAACAACCGUUAGCUUACAUUAGCACAGAUGAAAGUUAAAACAAAAACGUUUAGCAAACUGUUAAAUCUGACGCUAUGACUCUCCACAAGUUGUCCUUCAGGUCGUUAUCUUUGUAAUGUUUGUGUAAACGAUCGUAAACAAUCAGCCGGUCAGCCAUGUUGGAUAUACCGGUGAAUCAGACGUCGCAAAAACACGAAAUCUGAUUGGUCAGAAGUAUACAUGCAGUAUGCCAAACUUCAGAAAAAUCGACCGUGAUCCGAAAAAAUAAAAGCCGCAAUAUCGCAGGACAAAAACGGUCCUGUACGGUGUGAAAGGACCUUUACUGUAACUACAUGUCAAACCUGCUGUAAUAAAGGCCACUUUAAUAUGGGCUCUAACGGGGUUUCCUGAAAGGUUGCCUCAAGUGGACACUUUGAGAACUGCAGUUUCAGGUUAAUUUUUGCACCUAGCUGUAAAAAUCUAAAUCAUCACGUUUGUCUGUUGUCUUUUCUCCGCAGCUUGUUACGCCAAGAACUUUGGACCCAAAGGGUUCGGUUACGGCCAAGGAGCCGGCGCCCUGGUUCACGCUCAGUGACGGACAAACUGGAUCUUUUUAACUCCUUUAAACGUUUUCUCUCUCUCUCCGACGUGAACAUGAAUCUUUCAUCUCUCUGCUCUUUUUCCUUUGAAAACUUUCAUCGGUGCUCAUGAUACGAAUAAAACCAUGAAACCACAUGUUCACAUUUGACUGUAUUUUAUUAUUAAAGCCAUUAAAACUGAA